AUGCUCGCCUUACUCGUGCUGUUCAUGCCACACAUAGUACAACGGACAGCUGAGGGUGACAAUGUACCAAUAGAGGCGGGCCAGCCCAUGUGGGCCCAUGGCCAUAAGUGUACCAUGAUAGAUGAGUGGGCCGGAGGGUGGUGUGUACCUGUUCCAAACGGAUGGGCCAGUGUGUGCAAUGGAGACGAGUGGGCCGGACGAAUGCAGUGCAAUGUAAAUGAGUGGGCCAGGGAGAUGGGUGUGAUGGAGACGAGUGGGCCAAGAGUACAGGGUACAAUGGAGAUGGGUGGGCCGGGGGUAUGGGGUGCACUAGAGUCCAAUGAGCCGGUAGUGUUAAACGGGCCGGAUGGUGAUGAAAUGGAUGAUGCAGAUGAGACGGUAGUACAUGAAAUGGAUGAUACAGAUGAGCUGGUGGUAAAUGAAAUGGAUGAGCCAGAUGGGGAUGAAAUGGAUGAUACAGAUGAGACGGUAGUACAUGAAAUGGAAUGGGCCGAGGGGUGGGGUGGGAUAAGAGGUGGGUAA